UCUUGGAACAUAAAGGGUAGUUUUUUUCUGAAAUCACUGUUCUACCAAGCACGUGGUUUUCAGUCUGCGGUGUACAUAGAUACAGCAGUGCGCCUUGGUGGCAGUACCUGACUAAACUCUGCGGUGGCUCUGAUGUUUUGACCGCAGAGCUUUUUUUUUCUCUUCUUCUCCUCGCUCCCCCUGAGCCCUCAGGCAUAGCAGAGGUUCACUGCUACGCCUCAGUCACGUGGCUCUCCUCGGUGUGGAGGCUUUACUCUCUGCGGCUCCUCGGCACAAGGCAGUGAUGUGGAGGCUGAAAUGUGAGAUGCAACUCAGAGGGGCUCGCUCGUAGAGGUAAAGUUAUGGCACGUUCAUCCUCGGAGAAAAACGUCCCGCAACAGUUUCUCUCCUCCAGAAGGUUCAUCUCCGGUGACGCGCACGCCUUCCAGGGACGCACAAACCCGGAGCGAGAAAACCGAAAAUGAAGCGUCAAAUUUAAUUAACUGAAUCGAAGAAUAGAAAAGGACUGAAGGAGUUUUCAGCAGCAGAGUUGAGCUGAGUUGGGGGACACGAUGCAACAGGCCUGUGAAGUGCAGAUAACAACAAGCUCACAGCCACACACGGUGUAAAGCCAAUAUUGACACAGAGUUACCAGUGCCCUUCAACCAGCUUGAGGAUGACACUCAGAGAAUAGGACCACCUGAGUUAAUUCUUCAACCCCAGAGCCGUCAGGCAAACUACCAAAGCAACAGAGAAGGGCAGGCAUGAACCUGUUCAGGAAAGACGCCAUGACCUCAAAGAAGGAGAAAGAAAAAGAGAUCGAGUAUGAGGAGCCUCCUGAUGGAGGUUGGGGCUGGAUGGUGGUGCUGCAUUGUUUCCUGGUAAAUGUCCUGGUGAUGGGAACCCUGAAGAGCUUUGGGAUCUUCUUCGUGGCAUUCCAAGAUGAGUUUGGAGGCUCAUCAGAGAGCAUCAGCUGGAUCGGUUCCAUCAUGUCGAGUCUGCGUCUGUCUGGAGCACCUCUUGCCUCUGUGGCCUGUGCCAAGCUAGGAGCCAGGUUUACCUCCAUCGCCGGAGCAGUGCUGGUUAGUGGGGGAUUCCUCAUGAGUAUUUUUGCCAGCAAUGUGGUCUUCCUCUACAUCAGCAUGGGAGUGAUAGUUGGAAUGGGAUUUGCACUACUAUACCAAUCCUUCUCCGUGGUCACAGCGCUGUAUUUCCGAAAGAGGUUGGCCACAGCGUAUGCAAUUGGGCGUUCAGGGAUGGGGUUGACCUUUGCCCUCGCUCCAUUCACUCAGUUGCUCCUGGAUCAGUACGCUUGGCAAGGAGCAAUGUUGAUUCUUGGCGGUCUCAUGCUGAACCUGGUGGCCUCUGGGAUGCUCCUGCGGCCCCUCAAUGUGAAGUCCCCUGUCUCAAACCCUACCUCUUCUCCCACCCAAAAGAGCCCAGCUGUCUCCAUCAAGAGCUCCUCAGAGAAAGAAUAUAGCAAGAGCUGCAUGAACGGCUCUGCUCAUUUAUCCAAUGGUAUCUCCAAAUCAGACUCCUUUCCCUCCCCACCUCCUCUUCCUUCUCCUCACAGUGAGAACCAGAAGAGCCAGUGUACUCAGGGACUCCAGGACCAGACUGUGAACCCUGAACUGACCAGACUGGUCCUAAAUGGCGUGAAUGGCCACUGUGACUUUGGUCAAAGUAAACCCACAAGUCCAGACAGCUCGGCAGAGCUGAAUGGAAGCAUGAAUGGGUCCACCAUUGUUGGAUUUCCCUCACAUGCCAGCACGCCGAAUGAGGUGACUGUCAAUAAAGCCAAAGUUUUGGAUUUCUCUCUGCUAAAGGACCCUUUCUUUUGCAUCUAUACUUGGUCCUUGGUCUUCAGCCAGCUGGCCUACUUCAUCCCUUAUUUCCACCUCUCCGCCCGUGCCAGAACCCUGGGCAUCGAUGCCAUGGAUGCUUCAUUUAUCAUCUCUGUUGCAGGUAUCACAGAAACCAUCGCCCAGCUGGCUUCAGGCUGGGUAGCAGACAGGAACCUGCUCCAUAAAUACCACUACCACAAGGCCUACCUAAUCCUGUGUGGCCUUGUCAACCUGCUCUCCCCGCUGGCCACCUCCUACAUCCUGCUGAUGGUGUAUGCGAUUUUCUUUGCCAUCUUCUGUGGAGGAUACAUGGCUCUGCUGCUGCCUGUUCUAGUAGAUCUUGUGGGGUCAGAGAAACUCAACAACUCCAUGGGCUUCUCUAUGUUCUUUGUGGGUCUUGGAUGCCUCACGGGGCCUCCUUUGGCAGGUUUCCUGUAUGACUACACUCAGACGUAUGACUGUUCUUUCUACCUGGCGGGGCUCUGUUAUCUGCUCUCCUCCGUCUCACUGUUCAUGGAGCCGCUGGCUCAGCGCUGGAAGGCCAGGAACAAACUGACCCAUGACAAGAGAGUGGAAAGCAGCUGUAAGACCAACGGCUGCUUCACCCCGGACCGCCUGCAGAACGGCGUCGUGUAGGAAUGAAACCCAGGGAAGGCUUUUAAUCGUGAACCAGCAUGCUCAGAACUUCAUAGGCCUGCAUAACUUGGACCUUGGACUCCAGCUUAAAGUCGGGACCCAAGUGACCCUUAGUUUCAGCAGGAACGCAACAAUGGCCAAGGAGAAAAAAGUGCUGCGGCACUACAUGAUAUCUAAGAACAUUCAGUAAAUGGGACAUAGGUGACAAGUUGAUUAUAUUGAACUUUGAAAAGCCAAAAUGUAAUUCUUCAUCCCCUUCUUGUCCUCAUCAGAGGUACAUGCAUCCAAACUUCUCAUAUCAUCUUGCAUACUUUAGUAAUGCAUUUCAUCCAUACAUUAUUCAAACAUUACUUAAAUCUGUUUUCCAAAACACAAUCAUUUUACAGUGAUUUUCAAUUUGCACAAAGAAUUGCUGGAAACUAAGCUAUGCAGUUGAGCUGAAAACCCUGUCUUCAUGUUUUUCUUUUUCACUUUUUUACAUUGAUAGAAGCACAAAUCCAGGAUACAAUUCUCUUUCCCUCAUUUCUGUUGCCUUUAUCUGUAAACCUGUACUCACUGAUGUGCACUUUGGAACUGGUUCUAAUUAUGCUGCAUGACAUCAUCUCUGGCCUUAAUGUACCAGAUAGUUAAUAUAUUGAACUCGUAACCACUGAAUUGCAGCCUGCUCCUAUAAUCCUGUGGAAAAGCUAUAUGCAGCAACUACUUUAACAGUUUAAUUGAAAAAAAAAAACUGUUUUGCCCUGACAUGGCUAAUGCAUAAACGCAAUGGUAGCAUGUGCAAGCAUUUAGAGGUAUGGUUUGUGUGAUGCAUUUUUGUCAUGCACACUAUAGUCUAUCUUUAUAUCAUAAUUAAUACUCUGAACACUUUUCUAUUUCAUAGGGACUGAUCAUUCAAACUUCAAAACGACCAGUUGAUUCAGGACUGUUAGCCUUUUGGUAUCACUCUCUGAACUUUUAUCUGAAGUUAAAUUAAUGGGCAGUGUUUUUAAGAUUUGAAAAUCUUUCAUCCUCCUCUGAAAUCCUAUUUACUAACUCACACUUUUAUCCAGACACUAUACUUUGCAUUCAUUGACACUGCUUUUGUUUGGUUCAUGUCUUGCAGUUUUUCUGGCAGUUGAAGCUUUAAACAACUUUUGAACUUAUCAGAAAUGAUGGUGCUGCUGAUACUAACAUCUGGUUAUGUAGCAGUGCGUAGUUUACCUCAGAUCUCAGCUGUUUUUGGCACUAAACAACAACUGACCCUUCAGCCUCUUAACCUCAAGUGACACUGCUUUGAGCUAGAGGCACUUGUUUGGACAUUCCAGCUAUGUCCAUCUCUCACAAUUGUGCCACAGUGAAACCUGUAGAGGGUGAGUCAGUGACAAAAGAAGUCAGUGAGCUUUUGUUUUGGGAUUGUGUCAUAAAAUUUUGCUGGGUAAUUUGGGUAUUUACAGACUACAGACGGCUACUUAAGGCCUUAAGUUACAAUGCAACCCAUUUUUACCACAACAAACUGCCAGCUGGUACUGGCAAAAAAAAUCAAGAGCUUAAAGUGGAAGCUCUGUUUCAUACAGAGUGGUCCAUAAACAAUGCCUAUCUUAUGUCUUGUAGCCAAAUCGUCACACUUCGUGUUCUUUUUUUAAAUUCUGUCACAGAUACACACUCAAAACUGAAGUCUUAUGAAUCCAGAACCAACUCUAAUGUUUGGACUAUAAUUUCAACUCUCACAACAUACAUAUCUUACAUUUAAACUGCCUUAACUUGUUGUUCAGUUGUCAGUUUAUUUACAGUACUUGCAUGUAAACAGUUUAAACUCAAAUUCUCACACUUACCCCCAUUACACUAAACAGCUGUUUUCAGCUGCGUUACUGACACCUCAGCUCUUUUCAAUGCACACAGUUCAGGUGACAAGUCCAACUAUUCAAGUGCUUGAAUUUCAAAUGGUCUUUUUCGACUUCAAUCAGCAUUUUAAGGCUUUUAAACUGUUAACUGUGUUUGCAACUCAUUUCACCGUGCAAGCAUGCACACUUCAUUUUUUAUAAAUCAAAAGUUCAGUUGUGACCUUUUAGUUUCUAGAAAAAAAAAAAUAGAAACUGCCUUUGUCAGUCUUAAUAAUGGAAAUCACCUAACAUUCACUUAAUGUUUUUCUUAGCAGCACCUUCAGAUAACAAAAUGUCCAUGCAAGGCUCACUGUUUGUGAGUGGUUCUAUGCAAGUUCACCAAGAGAAUAAUUUUACUGUCAUUAGCAGCACAUCCUUUCAACGAUAGCAAAGUUACCAGCUCCUUGAAGAAAGAGCAUGUUCAGAUGAAGUUUGAGUAUGAUUCUUAUAUGCAUUCAUCAGUGUUUCUGUAGGACUAAGUGGCAAAUGAGUCAUUCUGUCAAUUGUGUGUCAACCUUGUAAGAUUGUAAAUCUCUGGCCAACUAUCGUACAAAGAUAUUUUGCUGAAAUUGCCCACACAAAUGCAAGAUGUCCAAACUGGACUGGUAGAAAACUUGCCAAGCCUUAACAGUGCCUGCAGGCAGCCAAUUAAUGGCAACACAAUUGAAAUAAUGAUAUUGUGUUUAUAUGUGGGAGUUUGAUGGUUUUGAAUUUUUUUUUAUGUAGAGGGUUUUUUUUUGUUGUUUUUGGUGGAUUCCUUGUUUUUCACCAGUUUGCCUUACAAGGUACCUCGUAUCCUAACUAACUUUCCUGUGAUGUCAGCCAAAGACACGUUAGAAACCUACCUACAACUUGAAACUUAUUAUACUUAUACAAUAAAAAAGAAAAAAUUGUAGAAAGGUAAAAUAAUUAAAACCACUAAGACUGCCUGUCAGUCAUUUCCAAGUUCUAACUGAGGGGGGCAAGAAGUCCAGUUAUAGACAUGUUUUCUUGUGCUGCCCUCUUGUGGCAGAACAUUGCAACAACUCAAAGAAUGCUGUCUCAAUUAGUACCAAAUUUUCCUCCUCAGCUCACUUUCACAAUACUGAGCAAGGCUCUUUGUGUUGUUUCAAUAAUGACAGUCAUGCACAAAAGCUCUUUUGGCUCACGAGUUGCAUUCACCACCAGUUUGCUUUUGUAAUUGAGGACCACUGAAUAUUUUGUACCAUGAUGAAUCUUGUAUGGGGAGUAUUUGAUGCUUUAAAGGUAGAUUUUGGUUGGGGAUUAUUUUACUUGUUAGUUAUCUGGAUGUUUUAAAGAACUGUAUAUUACAGCAAUAUCUCUAAGGAGAUUUUAUGACCCUUUGGUAACAUCUCAAACACCACUGACAUUAAACAGAGUUCUGUUUGCUGGUGUUUGAUUUGGUUUUGUGCCGUACAUGUAAGUUUGGGUGAAGCAGUUAUGUCUCAACUUUAACUCCUAGAUUUGUUAAGUGAUAGCUUAGAAAAUAUGCUUAACCAAUUGUAGAUUUCAUGUUUAUGCAAGUGCUUGAAGCUCAAUUUUAAGCCUUGUAAGAGUGCACAGUCAACAGCAAUAAACCGACAUGUGUCUGAAGUCUGUUGUUGUGUUAUUGUGAAAGAAUAAUGCCACUUCUGCCUCUGCAAUAAAAACUCACGAGUCACAACA